UUUGAAAAUCUAAAAAUGUCUUUUCAAAUUAAAGAUUUGUUUUCAAUAUUAUUUAAAACACUCGUUGAUAUACUAGUUUUGGCAGUAAUUUCAGCUGUAAUUUUGGCAUUACUUCCAUUUAAUAUCUUUAGCGACUUUCCAAUUGAUCCAAAGAGUCGUGACGUGAAAUUUGCCGAUAAAUUAGACAAUUGGAACAACCAUUUGGUAGAUAGGGCUCAGCACCUGUUAAAUGGUGUGAUUGUUGGCCCGGAAUCGUUGGCUGAAAAGAAUGCUUUCUUAUAUACAGGUUUGGCUGACGGAAGACUUGUUGAGAUCAAUAAAGAAACACUAAAAACAAGAGACGUCGCAAACUUUGGAUCAAUCAUUUCUAAAGACAAUAAAGGGUCAGAUUUUGGUCGAAUUCUUGGCGUUCGCUUUCAUACCGAUGGAUACCUUUAUGUGUUGGAUGUCGUUAACGGAUUAUUUCGCAUAAAUGUUACCACAGAUCAUAAAGAAAUAAUUGACUUCAAAAAUGACAAAAUCACCAAAUAUUACGAUGAUUUGGUAUUUGAUCCAAAACUGAAUGUGAUUUAUAUAUCAGUGAUUACAACAAAAUGGCCAUUGAAUCGCAUUUUAUUUGGUUUACUUGAUAGCGACUAUACUGGAUAUAUAUUUGCAUAUAAUUUUGACACCAAAUCAAGUAUUAUCUUAUAUAAAGGAUUUCAAUUUUCAAAUGGUCUUCAAAUAAGUUCUGAUAAAAAGAGUCUUCUUGUGGCUGAAUCUAAUGGUUAUCGUAUAUUAAAGAUCUCAUUACAAUCCAUACAUAAAUCUAUUAAAGAAAAUAAAUUAUUGAAAGACAAUGAUAUUCAAGUAUUUGCUGAACUUCCCGGAGAACCCGACAAUAUAAGACUUGAUCCAAAUGGUGAUGUAUUAGUUGGUAUGUAUUCGGUGCGAACUAAUGGUAAACUUUUAAGUGAUCAUCUGUCCAAUUGGCCAAUCAUUCGUCGGGCAAUCGGACGGAUAGUUUAUGCUCUAUACGUUGCCAUCGAUUUUAUUAAUAGUAAAACAAUUGCAAGUAAAGGAUUGGAAGCAAUUGCCAAUGAUUUAUAUACAGGAAAUGUAUUUAAAGAUUAUUUGCCCACAACUGGAGCUGUCAUUAAAUUGGACGCAAAAAGUGGUCAAAUUAAACAAAUUUAUGGUUCAAAUAAUUUUAAUUGUAUUACUGAAGCAAUUAUUAGCAAUGAAGGAGAUCUUUAUUUUGGAUCAGCUAUUAAUCAUUUCUUAGGGAAAAUUCUAAAGAAAGAUCUAUAA